AUGGGUAACACGCUUGAGCGCCAUCCAUUUUCAGGGCUAGUUCAUUCGGCCCAUGAACUAACACCUUUUGUGGUGUCUGAUGAGCGUGCAUUCCGGCACCUUAACCUCGCGUUCGGUUCAUCCCGCAUCGCCAGUUCUGCUUACCAAAAAUGGCCCACUAAUAGCGCUUCAUUCUAA